AUGACUUCAGCAUUCUCUCAAACGCUUGAUUCCAUCACGAAGACUAAGCUUCGUGUUCUUAAAAAGCAAAAUACCGCUUUUCUCGAGCACAAGGAGCAGAUCUUGCAAUCCGCUCAAGCUGCAUCGGACCACCAAGAAAAAGUCAAAAUCCUCCUCGAAGGCAUCAAGUCCUGGAGCACCGAAACCAAAUUGGGCCGUGACCCUCCUGCUUAUAUCUCCAACAUUGAGCAGCUCCUCCUUCAGGCGAAGUACGACCCAACUCUUGCCAAGUCAUGUCUUCAGGAAUGGGAGUCAAAAAUCAUCAAAGACUUCGAAUUUGAAGAAGUUAGACUUGAGUAUGCCGAGCUUUUCGGAAAGCUCUUGAUGGAAUGGGUUGAGAGCGCUGGUUCAACAAGCUCUCAAGCUUCUCAGGCAGCCACUUCCCCUGAUUCUGAAAGCUUUGAAAAAAUUGGCAGAAAGGAGAUGUAUGAGCAGCGCGCCACCUUCGAGUCCAAAGUUUUCACCGAAAACAAAGUUGACGAAAAGGCCAUCCUGUCAUACCUUCAGGAACUCUUCACGUCCACAAAAGAAAACAAGGCUCAACUCGAAUUAAUCCGCGAGGUUGUAAAGGAGUCCUGUAAGGCGAUCGGGAGCUCAAAGAUCUCGCAAGAGGAUUUGAAACUCACGAUUGAGGCAUUGCUUGCCUCUGAUCUCAUGUCAAACGAGAAGAAAGAUACCUUGAGGGAGUUUAAACGUGAUGAAGUCAUCCUGGGUGAGGUGACUGACGUUCUCAACAUGCAUCUUGCUUCCGUGUUCUCAUGGACUUGGGAAGGAGACAAUGCUGCUGGUUUUGGGGUUCCAGUAGAGAUGAGGAGACAACUGAACCAAAAGUACCGUGUCUUCCAGGAUGAGGAGAUUAUGCAGGCAUUGAUGUUGGAGUAUAUUGGAAUGAAGUGGUGUGAGCUCUUCCGGAUCUGUUUUAAAAACAUGUUCAAUUCUUCCGCCUGGAAACCAUGCGUCGGGAAACUGUCAAAAGAACACAUCGAGAGACGCAAAUAUUUCCUUCAAGAGAAUACUGAAGAGUUUUCUCCUAAAGAUAACUCUGAAACCAUCGAAGGCCACCGCUAUCAGUCCCAGCGCGACUCCUUUUUCAUGGCACAACUUGGUACUGGUGGUACGAUCGUCAACUAUGAUUCUGAAUCAGGUGGUAGUAAUAGAGAUGGAGAAUAUUUGAAGAACGCGUUGGAGACAAAGCAAUCUCUCCUCCAUAUUCUUCGCACCGAAUGUCUCCUCAAUACCGCAAUUCAUGGAGGUUUUACUGUCGUGCGCUCCGACUUUUCCUGGUUCGGCCCAGGAUUGUCCCAUGCCUCAAUCCUAGCAGUAUUGUCAUUCUUCGGCGUUUCCUCUGAGUGGAUCAAGUUCUUCAAAACCUUCCUUGAAACUCCCCUCCUCUUUGCUGCCGAUGGUGGCUCUCCAGUUGUUCGUGUCCGAAAAUGCGGUGUCCCAAUCUCGCAUAGUAUCAGUACCGUCCUCGGCGAAGUGGUUCUGUUUUGCAUGGACUAUGCUGUAAACCAACGCGCCAACGGAAUGUUUCUAUACCGCAUCCACGAUGAUUUCUGGUUGUGGAACAGCAACCCUGAUAACUGUGCAGCAGCCUGGAAAGAAGUCCAAGCCUUCUCAUCUUUGGUCGGACUUUCUUUCAAUGAUGAAAAAACAGGAUCUGUAACUGUUGGAACCUCUGCAGAGAAACAUCCCGAGCUUCCCGGGGGUGAUGUCAGGUGGGGCUUUCUCAAGUUCGAAUCUUCGGGACGUUUCGUAAUCGAUCAAGCCCAAGUCGACGUUCACAUUGCAGAGCUUAGACUUCAACUCUCGGCGCAUACCUCUGUUUUUGGCUGGAUCCAGGCAUACAACAAAUACGUCGCAGGGUUUUUCAUCAACAACUUCGGAACUGCAGCUGAGUGUUUCGGUCGUGAGCAUGUCGACAUGAUCCUGUCCACUCUCGAACGUAUCCACCGCGAAAUCUUCCCUAGUGGCUCGGUGAUCGAUUACCUUGCAGAAAAAAUUCAACAUCGUUUCGGAAUUCAGGAUAUUCCAGCUGGGUGGUUUUAUUGGCCCAUUGCUUUGGGAGGACUGGAAGUCAAAAAUCCAUUCGUCAAUCAGCAAGCUAUCAGGAGCGAGAUUUGCGAAGACCCCUCUAAGAAAUUUGCAGAAGCCAUCGAGAAGGACCGCGAGAUGUAUGACGACCUCAAACAGAAAUGGGACGAAGGAAGGGUCAAGAGAGACGAUGCAAACUAUCCCCAUCUCAAGGCGGAGGCUUUCAUGGCUUUUGAGGAAUACGUCAUGUUCCGCGAAGGUGGUUUUAAGCACUGGCAAGAAACUUACGAAGGAUUGCUUAAAAUUGCGGCCCGCCGCAAAGCCAAUCGUACACCCGAGAUGGAGAUGGGUGUCCUUUGCCUUUCGAAUGCUGUUAGGUCAGCUCCUCAUGCAAUUGGAGGCCAUGGUGGGAUCGAUGAGUAUUGGGAGUGGAUCUUGGCGUCUUUCGGUGACGGGGUUGCCAACAAGUGGGGAGGUCUUGAGAUUGUUAGGCCGGGAGCAUUGCCUGUUGGCAUGAUGGAUGCCUGGAAGAAGAGGGUUUUGCAUUGGGAGCAGUAG